AUGGAGCUCCUCUACGAUUCGACGCCCGCUGGUCUCGCAACCGCCCUCGUGGGGCGCUAUGUUAAGCCCUGCCUUCUCCAGCGCCAGCCGCCGGUCCCCCUCUCUCUGUGCUUCAUGGGCACUGAGGCGAAGGCGUACCUGAAAGUCAACGAAGUCCGUAAUUCUGACACGAGUCGCCCGCAAUCCCAUCCUCCGUCUUCUCACGUUCCGUCGAUCGUAAAACCGCGCACCGCGGCGCAGGUGUCGCAGUGGCUGUCUUUCUGCUGCGAGAACAACUUCGCGAUUCGAGGCGCCUCGCUGUUCCAGAAUCUGCACUCUCACCUGGCUACACGGACUUUCUUCUGUGGAGAGCAUCUCACUAUCGCAGAUUUCGCCGUCUUCGUUUCCUGCUAUGCCUGGAUGGCCUCGGCUUCUCAGAAAGAACGCAUCCUGUAUUGCAACUUGACGCGCUGGAUGGACUACAUUCAACACCUUCCAGGGGUCAUGAACUCUGUCGACCAGCUCCCACUUCUCAAUCUUCUCCCUCCGCCUCAGACGGUUAGCGCGGCGCCGAGCGACGCUGGUGCUGCCUCCGCGCAGGCGGCGGCAAAGCAGCAAGCGGGCUGUGGAACCAAGCAAAGCAGCAAGAAAUCUGCAGAACCCCAAAUGAGUGGCGAGUGUCGGUCAAAUGAUGCCCCUAAGAAGAAAGGCGAAAAAGGGGCAGGUGGAAAUGACAAGAAAGGCAGUGGUCGAGCAAAACAGAGCACCGCCGGUUCGUCUUCGAACGGUGGAGCCGCUGCGGCAGAUUCCUCGCGCCCUGUGGAAGAUGUGACACGUCUCCGAAUGGUGGUGGGCCAGGUCAAGAAAGUCUGGAGGCACCCCGAGGCAGACAAACUGUACUGCGAAGAAGUGGACAUUGGGGAGUCAGGCCAGGUGCGGAUGAUCGCCUCAGGGCUGGUGCCCUACAUGAAGCCGGAGGAGCUGGAAGGUCAGAAAGUGGUCGUUUUGGCUAACAUGAAACCGAAGAAUCUCAGGGGCUUCGCAUCUCAUGGGAUGCUAAUUUGCGCGACAAGCAAGGACCAUUCCAAGUGUGAAUUGAUGCGACCACCACCCGACACACCUAUUGGGGAACAGCUUACCUUUGAAGGCCUUCAGGGUGAACCCGACCCCGUCAUGAACACCAAGGAAGGGAAGUACCCUUUUGCUGCUGUUCAGCCGCAUUUCUAUACUGAUGAAAAUCGCGUCGGAAUGUACAAGACACAUAGGUUCAUGACAAAGCAAGGGCCAGUCUUCUGUGACUCCAUUGUCGGAGGCACGAUUUCGUAA